GCGGAGCGAGGGGCGCGCGACAGGAGCCCCAGCGGGAGCCCGCGAGAUGAAAGAAGCAGCAAGGGACUCCCUGCCAGAUGAGAGGCAGAAGCAGGAGGGGCAGAUCUGGGGUACCAUGAGGGGGACGGGCGUCAUCCUGGGCUCCGGCCUGCUCACAUUCGUGGCCUUCUGGAACUCUGUCACUUGGCACCUGCAGAGGUUCUGGGGUGCCUCGGGCUACUUCUGGCAAGCCCAGUGGGAGAAGCUGUUUCACGCGUUUGAAGGGAAGGAAUGGAUUCUCUUCCACUUAGGGGCCACUCUCAUCCCCACCCUGUGCUUCUGGGGCUUCAACGCACUCCUGUUGGUGGUGGACACAACUGGGAAGCCCAAAUUCAUUGCCCGCUACCGCAUUCAAGAGGGCAAGAACGACCCCGUGGAUCCCGGGAAGCUCCGGCAGGCCGUCCGCUUGGUCCUCUUCAACCAGUUGGCCAUUUCCUUCCCCAUGGUGAUAGCCCUGUACCACUGCCUCAGGUGGCGGGGGAAUCCCUGUCGCCUUGAGCUGCCCACCUUCCACUGGUUCCUCCUGGAGCUGACCAUCUUCACCCUCAUCAACGAAGUGAUGUUCUACUAUUCUCACAGGCUAAUCCACCAUCCACUGCUCUAUAAACACAUCCACAAGACGCACCAUGAGUGGACAGCCCCCAUUGGCGUGGUCUCUCUCUACGCUCACCCUGUGGAACAUGUCCUCUCCAACAUGCUCCCGGUCAUCGUGGGGCCCUUGGUUAUGAGCUCCCACCUUUCCUCCAUCACCUUGUGGUUCUCCUUGGUUCUGUUGGUCACCACCAUCUCCCACUGCGGCUACCACCUGCCCUUCCUGCCCUCACCAGAAUUCCACGACUACCACCACCUCAAGUUCAACCAGUGCUACGGCGUUCUGGGCAUCCUAGACCACCUGCACAGGACCGACACCACCUUCAAGCAAACCAAGGCCUACGAGCGGCACAUGGUGCUGCUGAACUUCACCCCGCUCUCCGAGAGCAUCCCCGACCCACCCAAGAAAACAGAGUGAGGCCCCGGUUGGGCCCCAGGCCCGCGCUGCGGGCAGCCCCUUUAGCACUAGAGAACCUAGCUCAGAGAACCAGGGCUACGGUUGAUAAUCCUGCCAAUCGACUAACCUCCUAAUGACGGGUAGACCCCCACUAAUAACUAAACUAAAAGCGCGGCAGCCACGGGAGCCCGAGUCGGGACUCGGUCCCCCCUCGGGCCGGUCAUUCCCCCGUCUCCAAUCCCGCUAGGUCCGAGCUCAGGAACCGACUCCGCUCCAUCUCCACUCACCCCCAAACCCCACGCAUGGGCACGUGCGACAUUCCAGUUUCCAGAUUCUGGACGAGUUGUUUCUGUAGUAACUUCCAGGGGACAGCUAGCCUCCACCCGCUCUACCAGAGGGGUGGGGAGUUGGUCAGUGCAGUUUCGGAUAUUGAUUGCUUUAGAGGUGGUGGCACCGGUUUGGAAUGAGGUAAAGGCUGUUAGGCUUAGACUUCGAAACUCAAAGAGGAUGAGCCAUCUGGGAGAUAAUUAGGGGACGAAAAAGACGGUUGCUUCAGAAGUGGGGGUUCUGAGGUCCUGUUUCCUGGCCUCGUCCCUCCCCUACACACACAGUAGGCACCAACAGGUUAAGAUUCUGCUUCUGGAGAAGGAGCCACGCUUGAUGCCAACCUGACCCAAGGAGAAGCAAAGAUCAACUGGAGAAAUGGGCAAGUGAUGCCACUGAGUCAGCCCUCUCCCGAGCAGGGCUUCCUCCACGGCUCUGGCCGCUCCAGGUCAGUUGUCGGGGGAGGUCUCUGUAGGAUCCCUGUAGGAUACCGACCUGAAAAACAGGCCCCGAACAGCCGAACAAGGCAAGCUGAGAGAGCAGAGAGGCCAGAACAAAUCAUACCAUUCCUCGCCAACCCUCUGCAGUAUUAAGGCCCCCAAAUCCCCAGGUAUUGAACCCGAGGCAGAGCUGAAAGCCUCCAGCCUCCGCCCAGGCAGCCCCGGGAGCCCGGCACACACUAGAGCAGCUCCUGCCCAGUUCGACUCCGUACCACCCCUGGCAGGAACGAUGCCCUGGCUUGGAAGGGGGCAAACCAGAUAGAAAGCAGGCGGGGAGAAUCCCGAUUUCCCUCCAAAGCCCAUGACUCUGGUGGCAAGCCAGCUGCCACAGACUCAAGGCACUUCAGAAAGGAAACGGACAGGGCCACCAGCCCCACCCAGAAAGAACCCGUCAGUCAAUGGUUUCCAAACCACGGGAGCACUGAAAGAAGCAGGGGCUGGGUGGGGACUCCUCUGUGUCCAGCUACCCAGGAAAAACCUGGGCUGGGGGCUCCGGGAGGGGACGCCCCGGCCCCGCCGUGCCAGACCUUCCCCUCACCCUCCUUUUCCUGAGGUCACCGGCCCCCGGGGACAUUCAGAAGCGACCCCAAGGUACGGGUGUCUGAAUCCGCGAUCACCCCCAACCACCGCCACCUGGCCCCGGAGACUCACUGGGGUUCACGGUUGCAUUUCGAGUAUCGUUCUGGGCUCCCAGAGCUGCUGACCUCAGCCGGUAAUUAAAUCUGCAAAUAAAUCGACUU